AUGAAGUGGUUCACGGAGCUCACGGAGCUCACAGAUUCCAGAGAGAGAUGGAUAGAAACGAAUGAAGUUAUAACAGGGAAAGUCCUAAAUGUUUACCAAGGAAGAGAAGAGAAAGUCUUCCUGUGUGUGCUGUGUCUGCUGGCGGCGUUGCUGCCCUCCUCCUCGGGCUGCCCUCCCCCCUGCCGCUGCUCCCCUGACGGGCUGGAGGUAGACUGCGGGGGUCGCGACCUCUCCUCCCUGCCUCCCCUCCACCUCCUGCCCCAGGGCAGUCGCUCCCUCCUGCUGCCCAACAACCGGCUGUCGACCCUGGGAGCCACGGCCCUCGCCAACCUCUCAUCCCUGGAGGUCCUGGACCUCUCCAACAACUACCUGGAUAACCUGCCGGCUGGUUUGUUCAGAGACAUGACCAACCUGACCCGCCUGGCCUUACACAACAACUCACUCACCAGCCUGGACAAAGAGCUCUUCCAGGGCCUUGGGGGCCUGCAGAGGCUGGACCUGUCUCUGAACGGCCUGUCCUCCGUCCCGCUGGGACUGCUGGACGAGACGCAGGGCCUCAGGUGGUUGUCCCUGGCUGGGAACAGGCUCAACGGUCUGGAGCGAGCAGCGUUCGAGCCUUUGGCCAACCUACAGCACCUGGAACUGGGACACAACCCCUGGGAGUGCGACUGCAACCUCCGCGACUUUAAGCACUGGAUGGAGUGGCUCUUGUACAGAGGGGGUAAGGUGGACGCGGUGGAGUGCACGCUGCCCAAGGACCUGCGGGGGCGGGACAUCCGCGGCGUUCCCAUGGAGAUGUUCAACUACUGCCUGCAGCUGGAGGACGAGAACGGCACCGGCGGGGGCGGGGCCUCGCGCUCCGGCACCGGAGGGGGCUCCCCGCCGUGCGCCCGCGGCGCAGCCCCCCCGGACCCCAACGCCGCCGCCGCUGCCGCCGCCGCCGCCUCGGACAAAAGCAACAACAACGGCGCCGUCGACAACGGCGUCGGCGGGGGCGAGCCCGAGGCCUCGGAGGCGCCGGCGGAGUGCGUGCGGUCCCGCUACCGGCCCGUGAGCGUGCGGCGCGCCAUCGGCACGGUGGUGAUCGCGGGCGUGGUGUGCGGCAUCGUGUGCAUCAUGAUGGUGGCGGCGGCCGCCUACGGCUGCAUCUACGCCUCGCUGAUGGCCAAGUACCAGCGGGAGCUGAAGAAGAGGCAGCCGCUGAUGGGCGACGGCGAGGCGGACGGAGAGGACCGCGAGGAGAAGCAGAUCUCCUCCGUGGCCUAAGAGGAGAACCCUCCUCCUCCUCCUCCUCCUCUGAUUCUGUACACCUCUCUCUCUCUCCUCGGACACAUGAGGAGAGGCCGGCGGACUGGGCGGAGAGACGGGAGGUGACGACUGGGGAAGGGGAGGGUGUCGUUUUAAAGGGCUCAAGACGGACAGAGUGAGAGGGGUUUUCGGAUGGAGGACUGGCUGCUCUCCGGUCGGACCCGGGGCUCUUGUUUCAUAGCUCUACGUGCACUCUGCUACACAACCCCCUGUUGCUGUCCUCUGUCCCCAAUGUCCUUAAUGCUACCUUCAGUUCUUUUGCGUACCGUAAAAAACACACAAACACGCGCAGGCUACUAUUCUAGGUCCUAUCCGGACACUGCGGUAUCGUCUCUCACCAACCACUCCUCCUACUCUCUCACCGACCACUGCUGCCGAGUAGGGCUUACUCCCUCGGAAAUAUUGGCGCAAAAGGGAAGUAAAAGGGCAUUUAUAACUCGGGGAAUACACCGGGUUCCUUCCGAUGCUUUCACGGACACUCGUGGCGCGACACCAGAACAAACAACGGCAUUCGACUUUUCAGGAAUUUACAGGCAGUCAGUCAGGACCUAAAGGUACCGUACCUCGCCCACAGCGUUACCCAGGGACAGUGGUCUUCUGAUCUCCUCCUCAUUCUUUCCCAGGCAAGGUAAACAGACGGCCGACCCCAAAGGCAACAUCACCUGGCCUAGCCCUUCCCCAUUGGCCCAACCUCUCUGUAACCCCUAGGACGCUAAUUGUACAUGGUAACCUAAGCUAACUACACUGGAUGCUCUUCAUCAAAAACAUGAACGCAUUGAGGGGGAAUGCACUCUUGAUGUCGAAAAAUAUAUCAAGGAUGGACCAUUUGGAAAAAAUCCUAAGCCCUUGUUUUCCGCGCUCAUCUUUGUGUCAAAGAGACAUUCAUGGAUCUAUAAACCGCAGACUAGAGGGCAUUUUGAAUGUGUUUGUCCCUGAAAUGGCAAGCACAGCAAUCAUUAGGACCGGCACCCGUUGACCUACUGGAUUCUGUCAUCCAAUUACCUUGCGAAAGGACAGCAGAUUGGGCUAAUUUGUGCUAUUUGUCUUGUUUGUAUCGUAGAGACUCAGCACACACACACACACACACACACACACACAGACGCACACACGCGCGCGCACGCUUUCAUUACCUGAUACAGCUGUAAUGACUGUCAUCUAUAUCUGAAACUGAGAGCUGUCGCUGGAAGGUCCCGUCAAACAUGGACUCUUAUCGCUGUGUUUCAUCUUCUGCAGGAAGCCGGAACAAUAUCCUCGUCUCUCCGAGGCUUUGAGUGAAUUCUCUCCGACUUGGAGGAGCACGGACCUUGCUUUGAUACAAAACUACUUUUGGCUUUCAGGAAUUUGUUUUUCUGAUUUCACCACCAAUGGGUUCAGUUUGCUCACGUUGCGUGUGGGAAAUAUAUAUUAUAGCGAUAUUUCCUCCCCCAAAAAGAACUACAAACCGUCCUUUUCUAAGGACUAAAAACUACAAACUCCUGCACUUUAUUUCCCAUUCCCUCCGGCCUUCCGUCCCUCUCUUCCCUGUGUUCCUUCGAGAGUAGGCUGCCGUGCCCGGGAGCGUUUUGACACCCGACGCAGGGAUUAAAACGCUCCCUGCUAUUUUUCUCCUCCUCCUCCACCUUCUCCAUCUCUCCAUCUUCAUCCACCCCCUCCAGCAAUACUUCACCUUCCUCAUCUCUCUCUCUCUCUCCAUCUCCCCCAUCCCAUGCCCUAAGCCGGCUGUGGUUGUUUGGGUGGAUUUCCUUGAGCGAAAGCGAAAACGCGAGCCGGUCCUGACCCAGAGACCGCUUCGAUUUCUGAGGCUUUCAAAGACAUUUUCACACGACCACGCGACCUUGUACCCGACGCUUGUCUUACACGAGGGCCGGCUUUGGGUUAAAAGCGGCUUCCCGCCGCGGUCCACAUACAAACCUUCUUGUUGGCAGAUGGCGACACUGCGCCUCCCCCCCCCCCCCCCCUCCCUGUGAUGAAGGAGUGGUUCUCGGAGUUAGCGGUCUGGGAAAGAGGGCCGUGAUGGAUUUGAAAUGCAAAUCGUGGCUCGUCUAUAAUUAGUGUCCCUUCUCUAUUUUGGACGGUCCGCUGAGACCCUUAUA